GCUUUUCUUGCUUCUGGCUGAUGGGACUAAGGAGACUGGGAAAGGCGACAUGCCUCAGGGAGGGCGAGGGGAGGUGGCAAAGGAGUUGCCAAGGCCCAAUGCAUCAGGGGAGCUGGAGCAAGCUGGAACCAGGGACCGGCAGCCUUGUGCGUUUGAGAUAGUAAUUUGCAGAUGGUUCCUGGUAGCGACAGGGUCUCUGAGGCGGAGCCUGGGUCUUCGAGUAGGAUCUGCCAGCCUGGGUUCCCCGGCAGGUCAGAGCAGCUUUGGGGCGGGGCCGAGGUUGGCCCCUGCUUGGGAGGAGCCGGGAUGCCUCUCUCGCAGUGAUGCACAGAGGAAUUUGCUGACAGUCCCUUGCCAGGUGGGGCUGGCUUCGCCCAGCCGGCGAGGAGGAGGACCCGCUGGCAGUCUCCUCCCAGGUGGGGAGCGUGGAGCCUGUCACUGCAGCCUGGCGGCCUGAGCGCCGAGCCUGGGGCUGGGGCUGGGGCCGCGGUGCUGAGGACGCAAAUGUGAGCCUUGGAGGAGCCUCCCUCGGGGUCAGGAAUCGAGCGGGGACACUGCUGGGCCACUCAGAAGGACUGUUUCCUGGGGACUGAUCAAGAGGAGGGAAGGUCCUAUUACAGCCCAGAGGCCACGUGGGGCCUGAGCCCCAAACCUCAGCUGCUGUUCCAGGGAUCCUCCCAGGAUGUCUGCCUCACCGGACGACCUGAGUACAGGGGGAAGGUUACAGAACAUGACAGUGGAUGAAUGCUUCCAGUCUCGGAACACCGUCCUCCAGGGGCAGCCCUUUGGGGGUAUCCCCACCGUGCUGUGCCUCAACAUCGCCCUGUGGGUGCUCGUCCUUGUGGUUUACUCCUUCCUCCGGAAAGCUGCGUGGGACUAUGGGCGCCUGGCUCUGCUGAUACACAAUGACAGCCUGACCUCGCUGAUCUAUGGGGAGCAGAGCGAGAAGACAUCUCCCUCGGAGACUUCCUUGGAGAUGGAACGCAGAGACAAGGGAUUCUGUUCCUGGUUCUUCAACAGCAUAACAAUGAAGGACGAGGAUCUGAUUAACAAGUGUGGGGACGACGCGCGCAUCUACAUCGUGUUCCAGUACCACCUCAUCAUCUUUGUGCUCAUCAUCUGUAUCCCCUCCCUGGGCAUCAUUUUGCCCAUCAACUAUACUGGAUCUGUUCUGGACUGGAGCAGUCACUUUGCUCGGACCACCAUUGUCAAUGUCUCCACAGAGAGCAAGCUCCUGUGGCUGCAUAGCCUGCUGUCCUUCUUCUACUUCAUCACCAACUUCAUGUUCAUGGCUCAUCACUGCCUGGGAUUUGCGCCCAGGAAUAGCCAAAAGGUCACAAGGACACUGAUGAUCACCUAUGUGCCCAAGGACAUUGAAGACCCAGAACUCAUCAUUAAGCAUUUUCACGAGGCCUAUCCAGGCAGUGUCGUGACAAGAGUCCACUUCUGCUACGACGUCAGGAACCUGAUCGACUUGGACGAUCAGAGGCGCCAUGCCAUGCGGGGCCGGCUUUUCUAUACAGCCAAGGCCAAGAAGUCUGGGAAGGUGAUGAUCAGGAUCCACCCCUGCGCCCGCCUGUGCUUCUGCAAGUGCUGGACCUGCUUCAAGGAGGUGGAUGCAGAGCAGUAUUACAGCGAGCUAGAGGAGCAGCUAACGGACGAGUUCAACGCCGAGCUCAACCGCGUGCCGCUCAAGCGCCUGGACCUGAUCUUUGUCACCUUCCAGGACUCCAGGAUGGCCAAGCGUGUCCGUAAGGAUUACAAGUAUGUCCAGUGUGGUGUGCAACCCCAGCAGUCCUCAGUGACCACCAUCGUCAAAUCAUAUUACUGGAGGGUCACUAUGGCCCCACAUCCCAAAGACAUUAUUUGGAAACACCUGUCUGUCCGCCGCUUCUUUUGGUGGGCCCGCUUUAUCGCAAUCAACACCUUCCUCUUCUUCCUCUUCUUCUUUCUCACCACGCCUGCCAUCAUCAUGAACACUAUCGACAUGUACAACGUCACCCGCCCCAUCGAGAAGCUGCAGAGCCCAGUUGUGACCCAGUUCUUCCCCUCUGUGAUGCUCUGGGGCUUCACAGUGAUACUGCCUCUGAUUGUCUACUUCUCCGCCUUCCUCGAGGCCCACUGGACCAGAUCAAGUCAGAAUCUGGUCAUGGUGCACAAGUGCUACAUCUUUCUGGUGUUCAUGGUAGUCAUUCUGCCCUCUAUGGGACUGACCAGUUUGGAUGUCUUUCUCCGCUGGCUCUUUGACAUCUACUAUCUAGAGCAAGCAUCCAUCAGGUUCCAGUGUGUGUUCCUGCCAGACAACGGCGCCUUCUUUGUCAACUACGUGAUCACGGCAGCUUUACUUGGCACAGGCAUGGAGCUGCUGCGUCUGGGGUCACUUUUCUGCUACAGCACCCGCCUCUUCUUCUCUAGAUCAGAGCCAGAGAGAGUCAACAUCAGAAAGAACCAGGCCAUAGACUUCCAGUUUGGGCGUGAGUAUGCGUGGAUGAUGAACGUGUUCAGCGUGGUGAUGGCGUACAGCAUCACUUGCCCCAUCAUUGUGCCUUUUGGGCUGCUCUACCUGUGCAUGAAGCACUUGACGGAUCGCUAUAACAUGUACUACUCCUUUGCACCCACCAAACUGAACGAGCAGAUCCACAUGGCUGCCGUCUCCCAGGCCAUCUUUGCGCCACUCUUGGGUCUGUUCUGGAUGCUGUUCUUCUCCAUCCUGCGGUUGGGUUCUCUCCACGCCAUCACCAUCUUUUCCCUGUCCACCCUCCUCAUUGCCAUGGUGAUUGCCUUCGUUGGCAUUUUUCUGGGGAAGCUUCGGAUGGUUGCCGACUACGAGCCCGAGGAGGAGGAGAUCCAGACAGUGUUUGACAUGGAGCCAAGCAGCACCUCCUCCACGCCCACUUCCCUCCAGCUGUAUGUGGCCACCGUGCUGCAAGAACCAGAGUUGAACCUGACCCCCGCCUCCUCCCCAGCCAGGCACACCUAUGGCACCAUGAACAACCAGCCGGAAGAGGGAGAAGAAGAGAGUGGUCUGAGGGGCUUUGCGAGGGAGCUAGACUCGGCCCAGUUCCAGGAAGGGCUGGAACUGGAGGGCCAGAACCAGUACCACUGACCGGGACCUGAGGCCUCCACUGGCGACUUGUUGAGGGGUCAGGGGAGGGCCUGGCAAGGGGAGGCAGGAGGGUGGCCUGGACCUCCCCACUACCUCCUGCAGACUUUGAGAAGCCCACAGUGGAGACAUCCACCACCCCAGCCAUGGGCCAUACGGGGGUGCUGACCUGCUGCCCGGCUGGAACUGGGGGUGCUCGGCAGUGCUGAAGGAGCCUGGGAAGGGAUGGAGGAUACAGGCAAGCCCAUGUCUUGAGAGAGGUGGCUGGAGCCCCGGCACAGAGACUGAACGCUGGGGUCCCUUCCUGGGACCAAGAUGGAGAAGGUGUUCCUAAGGGAGGAGACAGAAGGAGGCUGCCGAAGGCUCUGUGGGGUCAUCACCACUCUGCAUCAGCUGCCCUUCCAAGGAGCUUCUGCUGCUGCUCCUCCUCCCAGCCCCGGCCCAUUCCUCCCCUGCAGUCUGAGGAGGCAAAGGUACGUGCACGGGGCACAUUGACAGGACAUGGAGGACCACCUCAUCACGGGGUUCCCUGCAUGGGGAUCUGUAAAGAGAAAGUUUCUGCACCCACCAGAGCAAGAGCCAACUGAAAGCGUAGACCUGAGAAGAGGUAACUCAUUCCCUUCCUGCUCCUCUGCCCUCAUAAGAUGUCCCCAGGAGCAGCAGGGCAGAGGCCCUUCUUUCUAUUCUUACAAGGGUAGCUAGAGCGUGAUCACUCAGGGCUCAUCAAAUGAGACUCGUAUGCAUUUUUCAGAAGGAAACCUUGGUUAGUCCUUGCUGGGUAACACAAAGUGGGGUGAGACAGAAGCCGAAUUCAUGGAAGGGGGGUCUUCUCCCCAAAACUCUGUGUGGUGGGAAACCAGCUAUACCUCCCCAAGCCCCAGGGCCUAAAGAGAAGACCCCCAAAGCCAAAGAUGUGGCCACUUAAAAGCGUCUCCUGCCUCCUACCCAACUGAGUGCCUGGGCCCCCAGCUUGGCCAAGAUGGGCAGUACGUUAGGGUAAGAACCCCAUGCUUCACACUUAAGGACUGUCCAUCACCUGCGUCCCAAGUAGGACCCUUCCUCCCUUCUCGGGGCUGCCCCUGCACCCUGCCUUGAAGACCACCCAAGCGGCCUCCAGUGUGAGCCUGGUCCAGACAUUGCAGAUGCUUCAAUCGUGAUGUUGCCCCAGGCCUGCCAGGGGUGUGGUGGAGGGGAAGGCCACGUGCUCCAGGGAGAAGCCCUUUCUGGAGAAGCAAGGCUGUCCUCCCAGGGCUGCCACUACCUGAGACCUGGGGGAGCUGAAUUCCGAACAGUGAUGGUGACACUCAGCACCUUUGCCAUAGCCGGGGGGGACCGGCUUCUGCCUCUGGGAUGGGCUCUCAUCAGGACCACCGUGCAGCCCAGCCAGGGAGGACAUGAGAAGGGCCAGUGGGGGCCUCAAUGAACCAGAACAAGCCAAGCUGAAUGGGGUCUGUGUGCUCCAGGGCCCUCUUCAGCCCCCUCACCCAAAGGUCUGGGUCCCUGCCACCAACCUACUGAAGGCCGGCCCCCGGCUCACCUCACCUGAGCACCUGCACCAGGCCCCAGGCACAUGGCUGCCCUGAACUCAGAUCACCUAGACCUUGUCCCUGCCCCACCUUUGCCCCAUCCUAGCCCCAGAAGCUCCAAGCUUCACCGCAGGUGAGAAAUUGUGCUCAAUGGGCAGAAACUGCUAUACCCCCAGGGCAUGGCCUACAUUUUGGCAUGGGGGUGUCUUUCCAGAGAGCUUGGGUUGGCUGGAGAGAGGCUGUCUUUCCCAUUCCUUGUCCAGCUAGGAAUAAGGAGGAAAUGAUCCUAGCCUGGCCCCUACACACCCAGGUCCCACAGGCCCCCUCCCCACUGGAAUUUCAGCAACCAACAAGGGGAAAGUACACUGUUACAGCAUAGCGGUCAGGCCCAGCAGGAGCUUGGCACAUGAUGGGGAGGUGGCCAGCUCCAGGCCCUGCCCGACCCCAUCAUGUGUAUUUGGUGUAUGGGGUGUGGGGGUCACACCAGAAGCUGGCCUGGGGUCUCUUCUUUGCUGGACACAGCUCCCUGGCGCCUGCCCCCAGCCCCUGCAGCCCCUGCCGGACUGGGAAGCCACAUAUGGGAAAAGUCCUGGCAGACGAUGUGACGGGAUGACUGAGGGCUUCUCCCUCUGAACCUGGGUCCAGUGUAGCCUGGCUCUGAGAGAAGGUGGUGAGCAUGUGGAGAAGGUUCCAUAGUCCACUCUUAGGGGAACCAGCAAAGCCUCACGGCAGUUGGCUCCAUCUGGACCUCCCAUGGUCACUGCAGGGCGGUGGAGCAGGGGGCAUCUUUUAGCCUCCCCCUGCCACCACAUCCAGGCCCUCUCAGGCACCUCCUGCCUCAGCCCACACCUGCCUCGCCCAUUGCCCCCCUCCCCCCACCUACUGCCAUCCCACUCCUCUGCCAGCUACUUCCCAGCCGCCCCACCCCACUCCAUCCACCAAAUCACCCCCUGACUUAAUCCUUUCUGGAAGGAGCUGCCGCCUGGGAACCGGUAUUGCCUAGAGCCUCCAGGAGGGGCCCUCCUCGGGCCUCCAGUGGCCCCAUGCCCACCUGCCUGACCCUCCACUGCCCCUGGAAGCAAAGUGCCUAUCAGCAGCGUUGCGUCCUCUGGGGCCCCCGGUUGGGGGGGAGGGGGUGUGGGCUAACCUUGGCCACAACCACUAAAGGAAUGUGCCAGAAUGCUGAACCUUCUUGUUAAUGCUAUGACCGUGCCUUGAAUAAACAAGUCCUCCCAACC